UUCAAAUAGUAAAUGGGGAAGAAAUCGUCUCAUUUGAGUUGGUAGUCAACUCCGUUCCCUGUCGACGGACACUCUGAGUCUCACCGUAAGACUCACCAGGCGUCUCUGGCGUACCGACAGGUUUUGUGGUUGUUUUUGAAGCUUUAAAAACGCUAAAGACAAGCCCUGAGAAUGGCAGAGAAAGUCCUGGUCACAGGGGGAGGUGGCUAUGUUGGUAGCCACUGUGUGGUAGAGCUCAUUGAGGCAGGCUACUGUCCCGUUGUCGUCGAUAACUUCAGCAAUGCUGUACGAGGAGAAGGGGAUGUCCCGGAGAGCCUCCGCAGGAUAGAGAAUUUGCUGGGCAUCAGCAUUGAGUUCCAUGAACUAGACCUGUUGGACCGACCCGGCUUGGAAAAGAUCUUUAAAAAGCAUUCAUUCUUUGCUGUGAUGCAUUUUGCUGGUCUGAAGGCUGUUGGGGAGUCAGUGGAGAAGCCAUUGCACUACUACCGAGUCAACCUCACUGGGUCCAUGAACUUGCUAGAGGUGAUGCAGGCUCAUGGGGUGCGCAAUCUGGUCUUCAGCAGUUCAGCGACGGUGUAUGGAGACCCACAGCGUCUCCCCAUAGAUGAGCAGCACCCCGUGGGCGGCUGCACUAACCCAUACGGCAAGACCAAGUACUUCAUCGAGGAGAUGAUCGUGGACCAGUGUAAGGCUGAAAAGCAGGAUUGGAAUGCGGUUCUUCUGCGUUAUUUCAACCCAAUUGGAGCUCACUCCUCUGGCCUCAUAGGAGAAGACCCCCAGGGCAUCCCCAACAAUCUUCUGCCAUACAUCGCCCAAGUGGCCGUUGGGAGAAGAAAGUACCUCAAAGUAUUUGGGAAUGACUAUAAUACACUUGACGGGACAGGUGUGAGAGAUUAUAUCCACGUCGUAGACCUGGCCAAGGGCCAUAUUGCUGCUCUCAGGAUGUUUAAGGACAACUGUGGGUGCAAGGUGUAUAACCUAGGAACAGGGACGGGUUACUCUGUGCUCCAGAUGGUUAAAGCUAUGGAGAAGGCCUCAGGGAGAGAGAUCUCAUACCAGAUUGCCCCCCGGAGGGAAGGAGAUAUAGCGUCCUGCUAUGCUGACCCUCGCCUGGCUGAGAAGGAGCUGGGCUGGAAGGCCGACUUUGGAAUAGAGAAAAUGUGUGAAGACCUGUGGCGCUGGCAGUCCAAGAACCCCACUGGUUUUAACAACGGCACAGCCUCUUGAUACAAUUCCAGCCUUUUUUGGUUGAUAUCAUCAACUUCUACUUCAUCGGGCCAAAGCAAACCAUAGAGAUCCUCAUUUUUUAUCUAUAUAGUAUAUGUAUAUCACAAAUAAAAAGAGACCUUAAGACAUCUUGAACGCUCUACAUUUCACAACUUUUAAAUAUUUUCUUUCAAAACUGCCAGUUGAUCUUUCAAUCACUGCUUACAUGACAUGUUAGGUGUAACAUGUUAGAAUCUCCUCUGUGCGUGUGUGUGUGUGUGUGUGCGUGCGUGCGUGCGUGUGCGCCAUGUCAUUUUUCUGAUGGGCAUUUCUCUGUGAUCAUGUAUUGCUCUGUGAGCCAUAACAAGAGGACAGUAAGAAAUAAAUGAGUUUUC